UGGAUUUCAAAAGGAAUGUGCAUAAAAUAGUUGAUUCACAGAGGUCCAGCUUUAGCUUCUUUAGACAGAAAGAGGAGAUGCUCCUCCGAGAAGAUUAAUGCUCAACUUCCCCUAAUGUUCUCUAUACAACAGCAAAUAAACUAGUUGUCAUAAAGAUGGGCAUUGCAGUGGUGGAAAAAGCAAUGUAGUUGAGCCUGCCUAGGAGAAUAUAUGUAUUUAAGAGAACAAGUUCUGUGGCCGCUGCUCUCUCUAUAAUUCAAGAGUCAAAAUUAAAUUGCAGCUUUUACUGGUAAUUUGAAGCCUCAAAACACAAGACAAGCAGUAUUGGUCCUUGAAGGGUUUGAUCAUGCUUUACAAGCAGAGGAGCUUGCCCCUGGCUGUUCUUACUCAACUUCCAUUAGUUGUGUGCUCGUCUAUCGUCCAUAUAAAAACAGGCAAUACUCAUUCAAGCGGCAAAAACAAAACACAGAUGACUGCUAAACUAUCAUCUGAGAUUGCGAUCCACGGAUUUCUGUUAUGGGCUUCCAUGGGUUUCUUGGUGCCUGUUGGAAUACUUGUAAUGAGGAAGUCAAACAGAGAGGAAUGUGGAAGACGGCUAAAAAUCUUACUCUACAUUCAUGGUGUUUUACAGAUACUGUCAGUUCUCCUUUUGACAGCUGGAGCAAUAAUGUCCUUUAUAAACUUUGAGAACGCUUUCAACAAUGAUCAUCAAAGGUUGGGAUUAGCGCUUUACGGUCUUGUCUGGCUGCAAAUGUUGGUUGGUAUAAUACGACCACAUAGAGGCAGCAACGCAAGGAGUGGAUGGUUUUUUGUUCACUGGUUACUAGGGACUGCAGUUUCUGUGCUGGGAAUCAUCAAUAUAUACACUGGUUUACAAGCUUAUGGUAAGAAAACUUCAAGAAGUGCACGAAUCUGGACCAUUCUUUUCACAGCGGAAAUCUGUAUUAUCGCCUUACUCUAUCUUUUCCAAGAAAAAUGGGAGUACAUUCAGAAACAGGGAGUAAUUUUAGGCAAUGAGCCUGUACAACCUACCGAACAAGAGAUUUCACCAACACAUAAGCAGAAGGAAACAGCAGAAGAGCCUUGUUGACAGAAGAAUCUAGGAAAAAGCUUACUUCUACUGACAUGGGAUUUCUUUCUAACCAUUCUUCAUUUUGAACUCCAGUGUGAUAGCUUGACGCCGCUAGAAAAGCGGAGUAUUCGUUGGUUUGCACUUUAUACAUCUAAGGCGUCAUUUGCUCCCUCAGUUUAUGCGGCCAGACUUCCAAUAUCAUGUAUUUCCCACAAACAUGUACACUUCGGUUGCAAAACAAGGAACAGUUUGAUGUUUGAGUGUAGUUA